AUGGUCUCGGCCCCCUCGGUCGGCGGGAUAUCCGGAUCAGGCGGCGCUGGACCUUCGAGCGCCAGUGCCGGCGUGCGAGGACCGCCUACAACGGCCGCUUCUGCCACCCUCUGUGCGAGCGGGAACGCGAAGCCAGCUCAAGUCUACGCAAAUGGCUACCACCCCGCGAAGACCCAGAACCCGCUUAGUUCUAUGAUAAGCCCUCCUCUCGACUUGACAUCAGUUGAACGCCGCGAGCAACCUACAUUCAAGGAGCCUGUGAAGAAGAAGAGCCGGCCCCACGGCCUCCAAGAGGCGCCAACAUACUACCCAACUGAGGAAGAAUGGAAGGAGCCUUUUGAGUUUAUUCAAAAGAUUGCGCCCGAGGCGCGGGAAUAUGGCCUAUGCAAAAUCGUCCCGCCUGAGUCAUGGAAUCCCGAUUUUGCCAUCGAUACCAAGAGAUUCCAUUUUCGCACGAGAAAGCAAGAGCUUAAUUCUAUCGAGGGCAGCUCGCGCGCAAAUCUCACGUACCUCGAUGCUCUUGGCAAAUUCCACAAACAGCAAGGGACAAACCUCACCCGGUGGCCGUACGUCGACAAGAAGCCGCUCGACCUGUACCGGUUGAAGAAGGCCGUCGAGGCCCGAGGCGGGUUUGAGAAGGUCUGCAAGCUGAAAAAAUGGGCCGAAAUUGGGCGCGACUUAGGAUACAGCGGCAAGAUCAUGUCAUCCCUGUCGACUUCACUGAAGAACUCUUACCAGAAGUGGCUCUGUCCUUACGAGGAUUACUUGCGGAUAGCCAAACCUGGCGUUCAUCAGCAGCUCGAGCUGGAAUAUGGCGGCCCUCUAACACCCAGCCCGGCGCCUAGCCCGAUGAAACGGACCAACGUCAACACACCGUUCAGCCUCCGGGCAGAGUCGCCAGCAAGGCACGCCACGGAUGCUCUACAGGCUACCAUGAACAGCCACACCAAAGACGCCGAUCGAGAUUUCUCGAUGGAAGAGGCAUCCCCAUUUGCAGCGCCACAGGCGCCCGGAUUUACUGCUAUCAACAACUCGGGCGGUUUCACUGCAGUCAAUUCUGGGUUUACGAGCGUGAAUCGUCCGCCAACUGGAAACCCUGACAUGAAGGCCCCAAAGACAUCCAGCACGCCACUCUCGUCCAGCAAAAACACCCCAGAAUCCCGUCCUUCGGGUCUUACCGUACUUAAGCGGCAAUUAAGUGGCGACAAUCAAGACACGGAUGCAGGGACGGACAAGGACGAUGGGGAAUCCGGCAGUCGCAGAAGCAAACGGUUAAAGAAAGAUGCCGUGCCAACCAUCGCCGGUUCACAUAUGUCUCUGUUCCGCCCAUCGGCUCCCAGGAUUCCAAAAGACGAGGUAUUCUCUCCUGGGGAGAUGUGCGAGCAUUGUGGGAAGGGCGGCGAGGAGCACGGCGCUCUUCUCAUCUGCGAAUCUUGCGAUCACGGAUACCAUGGAUCGUGUCUCGACCCGCCUGUCAGGAGCAAGCCUGACACGGAGUGGAACUGCCCUCGAUGUCUCGUUGGCGAUGGCCAGUUUGGGUUCGAGGAGGGAGGGCUUUACUCGCUCAAGCAGUUCCAAGAGAAGGCUGCCGACUUCAAGCAGGCCUAUUUCGAGAGCAAGAUGCCGUUCGACCCCGUUCUCGACUGCCACCGUCCAGUCACGGAAGAUGACGUCGAGCGGGAGUUUUGGCGACUUGUGGCUGACCUGGAGGAGACUGUCGAGGUGGAGUACGGCGCUGAUAUCCACUGCACUACCCAUGGCUCUGGCUUUCCGACCAUUGAGAAGAAUCCCGAAAACCCCUAUUCUACAGACCCGUGGAACCUCAACCUCUUGCCGCUUCAUCCCGACAGCCUUUUCAGGCAUAUCAAGUCGGACAUUUCCGGAAUGACAGUCCCGUGGGUAUAUGUCGGCAUGAUAUUCUCCACGUUCUGCUGGCACAACGAAGACCACUACGCGUAUUCUGCCAAUUACCAGCACUUUGGCGCCACCAAGACUUGGUACGGAAUUCCAGGAGAUGACGCUGAGAAGUUCGAGAAAGCAAUGCGGGAAGCUGUACCCGAACUCUUCGAGACGCAGCCGGAUCUCUUGUUCCAGCUGGUCACCCUUCUCACCCCGGAGCAGCUAAAAAAGGCUGGCGUACGUGUCUACGCCCUCGAUCAGAGAGCAGGGCAGUUCGUCAUAACCUUCCCCCAGGCAUACCACGCCGGAUUCAACCACGGGUUCAACUUCAACGAGGCUGUGAAUUUUGCCCCCUCGGAUUGGGAACCCUAUGGACUCGCGGGAGUGGAGAGACUUCAGCAGUUUCGGCGACAGCCCUGUUUUUCCCACGAUGAGCUGCUGUGGACCGCGGCGGAGGGAAUUACCGGCGCCGGCCUGACGAUCCAGACUGCGAAAUGGCUAGCACCCGCCCUCGAGCGGAUACAUCGGCGUGAACUAGGCCAGCGCGACGAGUUUGUUGCCAAGCAUGAUUUUAUUGCCAAGCAUCUCGAUGCCAAGCGCCCCGCGCAGACGCACGCAUGUGUCUUCAACGGCGCAAGCGGCGACGAAUGCCCCAUGACGUUCAAAGUGGACGACGUCGAUGUCCCCGAGGAAGAGUAUGGCUGCUUCUACUGCAAGUCUUUCACCUAUCUGUCCAGGUUCAUCUGCCUGAAGACUGGCAAGGUCUUGUGUCUGUUACAUGCGGGCAGCCACCCAUGCUGUGGCAGUCAGGAAUCUGAUCGCUACCUCGGAAAGGACCAUGCUCUCUACUAUCGCAAGUCGGGUGAGGUCGUCGCCAACACCUUCAAGAAGGUCUCUGACAAGGCCCAUCUGCCCGAAGCUUGGGAAGAGAAGUACGAGAAACUCUUGGACGAGGAAGCCACUCCGUCGCUCAAAUCGCUACGGACUUUGCUAAGCGAAGGCGAAAAGAUCCCUCACGACCUACCAUCCCUGCCGAUACUAAAGACGUUUGUCGAUCGCUGUAACCACUGGGUGGAGGAGGCGACGAACUAUACGGUCCGGAAGCAGCAGGUCCGCCGCAAGAACGAAAAGGCCUGGCUGACCGGCGCGCGCAAGUCAAUCGGGGGCACAUCCCAAGAGCAGAAAGAAUGGGAAGAAACGCGCAACGCAUCCAAUAUCUACCGCCUCCUUGACGAAGCAGAAUUGAUUGGGUUCGACUGCCCCGAAAUCUUGCAGUUGAAGGAGCGUGCGGAUGCCAUAAAGGCCUUCCAAGAGAGCGCAAGGCAGACCCUCACGCACCGCACGAACCAAAGCAUCGAUGUGGUCGAGGAGCUACUUGAGGAAGGGCAGAGUUUCAAUGUCGACAUCCCCGAGGUUCAGAAACUCUCUGCCGUUUUGGACCAACUCAAGUGGAACGAGAAGGCCAAAGUAAGCCGUGGGGUCUUCAUGACUCUAAAGGAUGUCAAUGACCUCAUCGAAGAGGGGGAGGCUCUCAAAAUUCCUCUCUACAACGACCACCUCUCGUUCUACAAAGAUCAACUUAUCGCUGGCCAAAUAUGGGAGAAGAAGGCACAGGAGCUAAUUAAUGCCGACGUUGUCAAUUACGCUCAGCUUCAGGCACUGUCGGACCAGGCACAGGCGAGUGCCUUGCCGGUCUCUCCGGAGACACUUGCCGCCGUGGACCAGAUCUUGCACAAACAACGCGAGGCCUCUCGGCAGAUCAUGGACCUAAAUGAGCGUUCACGAAGACCCGACUACCACGAGAGACCCAAGUAUGCGGAAGUAUUAGAGGUCAUCAAGAAGAUUGAGGAGCUCCAAGCAAAACCGACAGGCACAUUGGACCUCGAACGGGAACAAAAGCGCCAUGAAGACUGGAUGCGUAAGGGGAAGAAACUCUUCGGAAAGACCAAUGCCCCGCUGCAUAUUCUCAAGAGUCACAUGGACUACGUGCUCGAUCGGAACAUCGAGUGCUUCAAUAUCGUCACUGACAAGCCGCGUGUCCCUGCCGAGCCAGCAUCACGGGAACCGAGCCCGGAAAGAAGGAAGUCAAACAACUGGGAGGACCCGCAGUUCCGAGAAGUGUUUUGCAUUUGCCGCCGUACGGAAGCGGGGAUGAUGAUCGAGUGCGAGCUUUGCCACGAAUGGUAUCACGGCAAGUGCCUCAAGAUUGCGCGCGGUAAGGUGAAGGAGGAUGAUAAAUACACCUGCCCAAUUUGCGAUUGGCGUGUCAAGAUUCCACGCGACGCGGCUAGGCCGAAGCUCGAGGAUUUGAUCUCCUGGUUCGAAGAGAUAGAGGGCUUGCCAUUCCAACCCGACGAAGAGGAGGUGCUCAAGAAGAUCAUCGACAACGCCCAGGAGUUCCGCAACCAGAUUGGAUCAUACUGCAAUCCCGUUUUAGCAACAGCAAACGAGGCCGAGACACAGCGGUUCUAUCUCCGAAAGAUUGAGGGUGCCGAAAUUCUCCUGGCGUUCGAGACCAACUUCUUCCGACAAGAGCUUCACAAGUGGAGCCCUGUUGCACCAGAGGCGCCGCCUGUACUAGAGUCUUCCAAGAGCACCCGCAAGCCCCGCCCAACAAAGCUGCAAAAGAUGCUAAUCCAGUACGGUGUCGACGACCCAGACGACCUGCCCGAGAGUGUCAAGGGGAAGGCAAACAGCCUCAAACGCAAGGCGCUGAAUGCCGAGGCGGCCGCAGCCAUGUCUUCCACUCACUCUGGAGGCGGCAUGGAGACAAGUCCGGGAGCGAAUCCGUAUGGGCCAUCAGGGGUUCCGUUCUUCUCGCAGCAUUCCCCGGGGCAGCUGCAGACACCGGGUCUCACGAUUGCUAGCAACUCUCACGGUCAUCCAUCCCGUGGGCCCGGGCCGUCGUCGUCAUCGCAUGGCCACCAUAGACGCUCAGACUCGAACCAGGGUAACGGCAUAGACCUCGAGUCGGGCUCUAUCCACCCGUCCUUCUUCAUGCAGAACAAUGGUGGAGGUGGCCCACAUCUGCUUGUCGGGGACAACUCUACGCACAGUCUUGAGGAACGGCUUCUUCGAGAUACCCACUAUGGUGGUGAAGAUCUCAACAUGGACUUGACCACCGAAGCUGGUAAGACUAGGGCGCUAGAGAUUCUUUCACGGACCGACGUCGGUCGCCGGCGAGCAGAGGAAAUCUUUGGCCGCGACGUUUGGGGCGGCUCCACGGACGACAACGAUCCGAUCGGUAUUGGAGUUGGACCCGAAGGUGACGAUAACAUCUUUAUCGACCUCAUGAUCGAAGACGACGACGACGAGAGGAAGGUACGCGAUAGUUCCAAUGACGGCCAUCACCCCGAGGAUGACCGGAACGAAGCAGCCUCUUUGAUGGACGCCCAGAAAGAGGCAUGA